AUGGCCGACACCUCAACAGUAGAUGGGGGCCCCGAGCGUGCGCCAGUGGCUGCGCCCAUCAGUAUCAAAGCUGUUCGCUGCGACAAGACUAGCCCCUGUGCAAAUUGCAGGAAGCACAACGUAAAAUGCACAACUUCACCCCGAGUUCCGAGAGCCAGGCUGCACCCCCAGAUCAAUCCUCUAUUUCCCUACCCUCCUUCUCCGGGCUCGACUGACCAGGUCGAAACGGAUAGUGAUGGCAAACUCGAUUCACUUGACCAGCGGUUGGAAAGAAUGGGCCGUCUAGUCGAGAAUCUCGUUGCUGAAAACAGACCCGGAACCAGAGCAGCGUCAUCUGCCUCCCCUCUCAACGAAUCGGAUCCCUCUCCUGGACAGACCAGCGCACAGGAGAGGAGUUUUUGCAGUGGCUUCGGCACCUCAUCUCCUCCGGUAGCUCCGAGGGUAAACCUUGAACAACCAAAAGCACGAGGCACUGCAUCAUCUACCCCCGCGCAGGAGCAGCAGGAGGGCGACUCACUUCCCGUCACCGAAGGGCCAUCUUCAUUCUCUGCCCAAUCUGACUUCGCCGUCGCGUUCCUGAAGAAGGUCGUCGGCUCUGAUCGAGAUCAAGGACACGUCUUUGACUCCCUGGAACUCCAAGAUGCCCUGGGCCAUAUCGUCGAUGUCCUCCACAAACAGCAGAGCUCACUAGACAUGGCCUUCUCCGCCACGGAUGCGCCAACACCGGUUCGUGUGCGUCCCAAAAUGCCACCCAUCGAAGAUUCCGUGGCCGUCAUCAGGAGCACAGAAGGUACAUACCCACUACAUCCAUCCAACGCCAAUAUACGUUACCGAGCUAAAAUAAUCAUCUAUCAUCUCUCCUCUGUGAUCGACGUACCAAGCAUCUCGGACAUGUGUCUAAAGUUCUCUAUUGCAAGUGCCUCCCCCCUCCUAGAAAUGGAAUCAUCCCCCAUUCACUCCAAUGAGCUACUCCUGUUCGGACAGCAUGAUGAUCAGGAGGAGAAUAAAGCAAUAUGCGCCGAAAAUCUGACAAACGCCUUGGCUCGACUGUCUCUGUAUAUCAAGCCCAGCUUUGACAUGACGUUUGCACUGAUCCUGGGUGCUGUUUUUGCGAUGGAAUCAUUCAAACCUCUUCUAUCUUGUACUUUGAUCACCGCCGCAUAUCAAGCCGCAUAUUCUCUGGGUUAUCAUACCCGGCAAAAGGGCGCUGAUAAAGGCAGUGAUUCGCCCAACAAAGCAGGGUUGCUAUUCUGGGCCAUCUACUUUCUCGAGCGAAGCUUCACUCUUGGACUGGGCCGGUCGUCAACUAUCCCGAAUUCUGACAUCACUGUGCCACUACCAGGCGGCCCCAAAUUCCCUCUGAAUUCGGGGAUGAAUGCCUACCGGAACAUGGUUAGAACUGCUCGCUUAUCAGGUAGAGUCUACGAGGACCUAUACUCGGCAGAGGCUCUUCAUCUGCCCGCCAAUGUGCGGCAGCAAACGGUGGCAGAGCUUACCAGGGAGCUGCAAGAUAUCCGUGAGACGCAUCGCCAAGUCAGGGAUGCCAUUCCCACCAAUCAAUCGGACCCCGCGCAAGCCCUGAAGAUGAAACAGUUGGUUGAGUUCAUCUAUCAUUCAGAUGAAAUCCACUGCUUGUCCAUCCUCACUCUCAUCCAGCGUGCGGCCCCGCCUCCCACUACAGGUCCUUCGAAGACCUUCACCGAGGAAUGCAUCGCAUCUGCUCGCAGUGUCAUCGAGAUACAUCACAAAUUCGUGCCGCUGCUCAAGGAGCGAGGUACCCCCUUCGUAUCUGCACAGGUGAAUUGGGUUUUGAACUUCAUGCCUUUUAUAUCCUUUGUCGUACUCUUCUGCCAUGUCAUCGAGACAGGAAAUGACGAAGACCUGAACCGCAUGGGCAAUUUCGUCCAGUCGAUGGAAGUGGCCAGCACGUUUUCCAACUUCAAAGACAACCACCAUCGCCUAUUCCAAGUCCUCCACACCGUCGCCAGCCGCUACUCGGAGCUGAAGGCUUCACUGACGCCCUCGCAAGUGAACAGCGCCGAGUUGCGCACAGAGAUGGAUGCCUACCUCAGCUCGCUCGGAUAUCAGCCCACACAUCAGGACAUGGCACAAGACUUUACCGCCUUGCCAACCAUGUCCUAUUUGGACAUGCCGAUGGACACGUCAGUGCCCCAUCCGGAGGUUGAGCCGAACCCGCAGUUGGCGAAUUGGUUUUCUUGGAGCCAGCAGAUGAUAGGGUUAUUGGACAGUAAUCAACCUGAUAUUUGA